ACCGAGCAGAGUCAGGGAAGAGUGGGCAGCAGCAGCAGGACAGCGAGGGACAAGACAAACUGUAACUGGAUACUAACUAAAUACCCUCUUUUUUAAAAAAAAGAACUACCUGGGAGAUGAACUCCGCAUUUUAAACACGUUGAAGUCUUUUUUUAACCAAGAAAAUGACGGUGGAUUUUGAAGACUGCAUCAAAGAUUCACCCCGGUUUAGGGCAAAUAUUGAUGAGGUGGAAACCGAGGUUGUGGAGAUCGAGGCAAAGCUAGAUAAGCUGGUGAAGCUAUGCAGUGGGAUGAUUGAAGCGGGGAAGGCGUAUGUGAGCGCCAACAAACUCUUUGUCAAUGGCAUCCGGGAUCUGUCUCAGCAGUGCAAGAAGGACGAGGUGAUCUCGGUGUUCCUGGAAAAGUGCAGUGAAAGCCUCCAGGAGAUCAUCAACUACCACAUGAUUCUGUUCGAUCAAGCUCAGAGGUCUGUGAAGCAGCAGUUGCACAACUUUGUGAAAGAGGAUGUUCGCAAGUUCAAGGAGACCAAGAAGCACUUUGACAGGGUGCGAGAGGAUAUGGAGAUAGCGCAGGUGAAGAACGCUCAGGCACCGAGGAACAAGCCUCACGAGGUGGAAGAAGCCACCAGCACGCUCAGCAUCACCCGCAAGUGCUUCCGACACCUCGCUCUGGACUAUGUGCUACAGAUUAACGUUCUGCAGGCGAAGAAGAAGUUUGAGAUUCUGGAUGCGAUGCUGUCGUUCAUGCACGCCCAGUACUCGCUGUUUCAGCAGGGCUACAACCUGCUGGACGAGAUCGACCCGUACAUGAAGAAACUGGCCGCUGAGCUGGAUCAGCUGGUGAUUGAUUCAGCCAUGGAGAAGAGGGAAAUGGAGCAUAAACAUGCCACCAUUCAGCAGAGGACCCUGAUGCAGGACUUUGCAUAUGACGACUCUAAGGUGGAGUUCAACGUGGAUGCUCCUAAUGGUGUGGUGAUGGAGGGCUACCUGUUCAAGAGGGCCAGCAAUGCCUUUAAGACCUGGAACAGACGCUGGUUCUCCAUACAGAACAGUCAGCUGGUCUAUCAGAAGAAGCUCAAGGACUCUCUGACAGUGGUGGUGGAAGACCUCCGGCUGUGCUCCGUUAAACCAUGUGAGGACAUUGAGAGGAGGUUCUGCUUCGAGGUCGUAUCCCCGUCCAAGAGUUGUAUGCUUCAGGCUGAAUCUGAGAAGCUAAGACAAGCAUGGAUUCAGGCAGUUCAAGCGAGCAUUGCUUCAGCCUACAGAGAGAGCCCGGAUUCUUAUUAUAUAGAGCACCUGGACAGGACUGCGUCCCCGUCGACCAGCAGUAUCGAUUCAGCCAGUGAGCCACGGGACCGCAGCGCCCGCAGCGAGACCAUCCUGCAGCGGAUUCAGAGUCUGCCAGGCAACGAGCAAUGCUGUGACUGCAGCCAGGCCGACCCACGCUGGGCCUCCAUCAACCUGGGCAUCCUGCUGUGUAUCGAGUGCUCAGGCAUCCACAGGAGUCUUGGGGUUCACUGUUCAAAGGUUCGCUCACUCACACUGGACUCAUGGGAACCGGAAUUACUGAAGUUGAUGUGUGAGCUUGGAAACAGCGUCAUCAACCACAUCUAUGAAGGCUCGUACCAAGGACAAGGGGUGAAGAAACCUUUACCCUCCAGUUCAAGGCAGGAAAAAGAGGCUUGGAUUAAGGCAAAGUAUGUGGAGAAGAAAUUCCUGAAGAAGCUGGGCUGCACAGAGAUUCUCAUCAACGGGGAGAGGAAGCCGGAGCGGCGGUGGAGUGUGAAGAAGUGUCGGAGACACAACAGUGCCACCACCGUACCCAAAACCCGGCGAAGAUACCGACAAGAGCCCGGAAGCAUGUCCCCUUCCACACUCUCCGCAGCUGCUGCUAAGUUCAGACGAGAAUCCCUGUUUUGUCCCGAUGAGCUGGACACGCUCUUCUCCUACUUUGAUACAGGAUCUGGGCCUCGAAGUCCGGCAGGUCUGAGCAGUGACAGUGGGUUGGGAGGAAGCACAGACGGCAGCACGGACAUCCUGGUGUUUGGCUCGGUGGUGGACAGCGUCACAGAGGAGGAGUGUGAAGUGUCUGACGACUCGAGCGGUGACGCCGAGCUGGAGGCGGAGCCGGAGACGUCAGACCCGGAGGACAUAUGUAACCUUCGUCCAGGAGCACUGCUGUACAAAGCCUCCAAGGCUCGCAACCUGCCCGUCAUGGCUGAAGCUCUAGCUCAUGGUGCUGAUGUCAAUUUGGUGAAUGACGAGGAUGAAGGGAAGACGCCCCUCAUACAGGCAGUGAUCGGGGGCUCACUGAUUGCAUGCGAGUUCCUGCUCCAGAACGCUGCUGACGUCAACCAAAGAGACGCGAGAGGGAGGUGCCCCCUGCAUCACGCCACGUAUCUGGGGCACACGGGGCAAGUGUGUUUAUUCCUGAAAAGAGGAGCGACACAGAACGACGGGGACGAGGAUGGUCAGGAUCCUCUGAGUAUAGCAGUGCAGCAAGCCAAUGCAGAUAUAGUCACACUUUUGCGUUUGGCCAGGAUGAACGAGGAGAUGCGGGAGUCGGAGGGACCCUUUGGACAACCAGGUCAAUACCCAAUCAGCAGUCCCACUGAGCAGCAGUAUAAGAAAUGCAUUCAGGAGUUUAUCUGUCUCACUAUAGCAGAGUGUUAGAACCAACCACAGUCAGGUUAAAACGCAGUGUUACGUGGGACUUUUCACCACAAGAUUAACUCCAAACAUCUCUACAUCAGACAUAUCUAGACCACUUCUUCUCUCCAGCACUUGUCUUGUCCUCUUAAGACCAGAAGCCAGAGUCCACCAGCAGUCAGCUCUCCUCUCAGGAUCACGAGAAAUCAGUGUUAACCUCCUUAAAAUGAUGUCAGAUGUGAGUGACUGACUUUGCCAAAACAAACAUCAGUGUGGGUGAUGUCCAGUCAGUCUUUUCACUGCCAGGAGAGAGUGAGCCAUGUUUUGUUAUGUUUUUUUUUAAAGGAAAAGAGAGAUUAUAGUGUCUAGCAAUCAGAUGACCGCCAGUAAAGUCAGCAGCUGUAUACUCGGGACCAACUUAGCCUUUUAUUUCAGGCUUUAGCGGGUACAGUGAGCUCUGAACCAAAGACCUGCAGCAGCUCGUUUGCUGAGAUAUUUUGGACGUCCUAGUUGCGGAAGCACCAAUUUUCUCACAGACAGUGUUAUGUGACUCACAGUUGGAGCUUGGAUGACAAGGAAAAGUUAGUUUUAUAAUCAUGAGAAAAAGUCUUCGCAUGGAGAAAUGUUGGGAUAUUUUUUAACCCGGACUGUCAAAGUGCAUUUUGACACAAAACAAAUUCAGUCACAGAACAUAAAAUGAGCUAAAACUGUGGUGUGUAACAUAGAAAAUAUUAACAAACACACCUUUAUUUUAUUCAAAAACCAUUGGCCUUCUAAUUUUAGGCUGAUUUCAACAGAUUAUCCUGUAGUGUGAGGGAUUAACAGACGCAAUUUUACCAUCAUUAAACGUAAAAGCCAAGUUGAUUCCAUCUUCCCAGUCAUGACUUUUUUGAUUUUGUUAUGAUUGUUUGCAUUUCUCAGCACAAAAUAUCGCACACACAACAGCUAUUGACUGACGACACCAACAGUCUGCCUCCAUGUCUGUUUAUAUUCUCCAAGUCACGUUAAAUCACAUGAGUUUCUGUGAGAUCCCAAAUCCCUGGAAUCUCCUCCCUGAAAUAGUUUGAUUAAACACCAAGUGUGUGGUCCUGCAUCUUGACUGGAUCGUCUUGUCUAAAUAACCGGUUACAAAGUUUGUUGAAUCUGUGGUCUGGUUUUUAAAAUCAAGUCAGAUUUGAAAAUCCUCCGGUGUGAGAUGGGCAGUAGUAUGACUGAAAAUGAAGGUAUUUUAAGGAACUUGUAGAGCUCUUUAUUUUACACUGCAAGGCUGUGAUAACUGUGACGAAGAGCAAACGUUUUGAGCGAUUCAUCGAGUGAAGCUUUUAUGUUUGAGUAAAAGCGAACAUAUGCACUUUUUUCUUAACCAGGGUUUUGUUUCCUUUUUGGAUAAAUAACCUUUUUAACGUUUUGAUUUUUCCCUCUCAGAAGAGGUUUGAAUGCUUCCUUUUUCUUUAAGUGUAUGACAGUAACAUUCACAGAGCAAUAGUGCAAUGAUAUAUUUUUUUUCUGUAUUUUUUUCUUUUUUUUUAUAUUCUGUUUGACAACAAUGCAGAUGGUAUUUUUUUAGGCUGGAUAUAUUUUGUUAGAUUUUACUUUGCUGAGCACUCUCUCUUACUGUUGCACCAGUAUUAUAUUCUCAUGAUGAGAAAGUGAGCCAGUAUACUUUCUUUAUACAGAAUCAUGAGUAAUUGCAGUGUAAAAUUGCACAAAUGUGUAUUACUGUAUAUACAGUAUUUGUAAAAAUGUUAUGCUAAUCUAAUGUUUCAUGAUUUGGCCAAUAUUACAUUUGUUUUUAUAGUGCAUACAGUAGAUGGCUGUUGCUCAGGUUUCCCUAAGCCUUGUUGCUUUUGUUUACUUCUGUACCCAGUGUAUGUGACUAUUUGAUAUUUAGUAUUGUUGAUUAAUGUUAAUAUUGGCAUGAUAUUUACUGCUCAAUCAUGACAACAGUGCAUGAAAUGACAUUCAAUACAGAAAUCAUUAGAACUCAACACUAAUGUCCCACUGUCUUCCAUCGGCCGGUUUCACGUAUGUGCAAAAAGCUCGAUGACAAUGAAGUAUUUAAUGACCGUUUAUAUGGUCUACAAUGAUUUAUUUGACCCCCCCCCCCCCUUUUGGUAUGACACUAUAAAGGACAGUAAUCCAGAAUGUGCUGGAGAUGACUGUUCGUUAAAGCCUUGUUUGGGACUGACCAACCAAUGUUGUCGUGUUUUUUAGGCAAUGUUUGUCUAAGGAAAACUAUGAUAAAAGAUUUUUCCAAAGAUGUUUAGUCACAAAUAUGGACUGUUAAGUUUUUAGUUCAAACCAAAGACCAGAGACAGGUUUUUAGGAGCUUCUAAAUCUUCCACACUUAUUAACUAAGUUGACCAGUUAAUUCUAAAUAAAUACCCCUCUUUGGCGAUGAGGAAUGUGAUCAGUUAUUGCCAAAUUUACAUGCAUGGUGCUUUUAACAAUUAGUUUGUACCACAGUCUCUGAAUAAGCAAACAGCUUCAGGCAGCUGUUCUGUGUUCAGUAAGAGAAACGUUAACAUUCACUACAUUUUUAUUAGGGAUAGGUCAAAAUGGCUGAAUCAUAGGAGAAUAAAGUCGUCAUAAUAUGACUUUAUUCUCGUGAUGUUACAACUUUAUUCUCAUAAUAUUAUGAAUUUAUUCUCGUAAGUUUACGACUUUAUUCUCACGAUGUUACGACUUUAUUCUCAUAAUGUUGCAACUUUAUUCGCGGAAUAUUACGAGUUAAUUGUCAUACGAUUACAUUUUUUUUUUUAGUUUGGCCGUAGUAUAAUAAAAAAAAGAAAAAGUGAAAUCCGAUCUGUAAAUCUUACAUAACACAUUAAUGCAUCAUUAAGCACAGAGAGUCACACAGGACUUGAUUAUCAGCACAAAUGUCACACAGUUAAGUCAUUUUUGCUUGAAAGUCAUUAAAAGGAUAAUUUGGACUGAUAUUGAAAACGGACACAUAACAUAUUGAUCCCCAAUUUUUAUAUAGUAGGCAAAAAGAUGACCACAGUGGUCAAAGAAAAGAUUCCUGCUAUCUGAACUAGGCUGUUUGUGUUGAUUAGUCAUUACUCUUUCUAGAAAACACCAUCUUAACGUGCAUUAACGUGAUUUAGCACUGAAACGUUCAGCAAAGUUAAUUUCAUCUCAUUUCCUCCUUUCCCUUGUUGGUUUGGUUGUCGGUGAUAUAUUCAAUGCAUCUUGAAACACUCACACACUCUCUCUUCAUCCAGCGUUAUCUUAUUUUGUGCAGUAUUUUUUACUAAAGUUCACAGGGAGCAGUUUUUACUUAACCAGUCAUUGACAUCGUGCCACUGAAUGGUUACUGUUACCGUCUGCAGCGUAUAGUACUUCAACAAGUUGACUGUUGUGUAUAUAAACUAAAAAAAACAAACAAAAAACUAUUAACACUUUAACUGCCUGCUUCUUAAAAUGCAAUUUUUAACAUUGUUGUGUUUUUUCUGUCUCUGACUGUUUUCUGUAGAAUUUCUCUGAACGUGUGUCUGUAAGUGAACAGUAUGUGUGUGUAUAUUAACACUUAACUGCUACCUGUGUUUGUUUUUCUUUGUUUAACCAGUCCUACCAGCGUCUUUCUCAAAUGAUACUGAAAAUAAAUGGACAACGUGACUAAAAACUAACCUCUACCUUUGCUUCUUUGCUCUAUUUCCAUUUUUCCUGGCUUUUUACUACAUCUAACGGAAAAAAAACAAAAACUUCUAACAUCAUGCACUGCUGGUGGAAGUAUUUACAAUACUAGUAUUAACAAUACUAUAGUGUAUUUACUGUGUGAAGUGGAAUGACUAACAUGUUGGUAGUGGUAGUGGUAUGAGUGUGACUAAAGCUAUAAAAAAAGUAUUAUACAUCAUUAUAUUCUACUUUCAUUGAGCUGAUUUUUUUUUUAAUCUACAUCUGACCUAAUUAUUGAGAUCAAAUACCAAUUCAUUUUUAAAGAUUUUAACCCUUUAAAUUCCAGGUUUUUCUCAUGAUGCUGCCAUGUUUUCGUAUGGAAAAACCCCAGAUAUUUAUUUUCAAUAUACUACAUGCAAUUAUUACAGUGUGUGAUGUGUCAAUGAUUAGCUGUGACAGUGCCCUCUAGUGAAAAUAGCAUGUUUUUUUUCUCCAUACGCCAAAGAUAGCCAAAAUGACUUGAUCUAGUGGAGAGUAGUAAAAA